AUGUCCACCACCGCCAAAGGAGCAUACAAAACAGCUCUAAAAUCAAUAAACACUGCAUUCAAAAGCGAUACUCCGCUUCUCGCCGCUGCCAAACAACAAAUCAAACAACAAAUAUAUGCCAACCAGCACCUCACCGACAAAACUGAAUUAGAUGAGGCGAUAACCAAACUCAACGAAGUAUCCAAGUUUAUAUUACAGAAUAUCGUACAGGGUCAAUUACAGAAGGAUGGUCGGUAUUUCUUAAAUUUCCAUGAAAAGACGGAGUUGGGCGAUAAUGAAACAAUAAAGCAAAAGAAGUCGGAAAUGGGAUCUCUUAGUGGAGCCAAAGGAAGUCGCAUAAGAGCAAAAAAGUGCAGCGAAUGA